CUUUCAUCUUCGCCUGCCUGCCCUGCACUGGACUGAUUGUUUCUCUUCUCUGGCCAGGUUGAGACAAGAGAAUAGCUUCAUCUCACACCCGUCGCUCUUGAUCCUCCCUCGCAUGGGCUUGCGCCAUUGCCCCUCUCAUUCCUCAGGAAAUCAGUUCCCGUUGGCCGUGUGUCGGCAUCCCGCCAGCCCGAACAAAAAAUAGUUUGGCAUAGCAUAGCAAAAGGAACGACAAGCUGGAUCUGCAAUCUCAGUCCAGCGUCGCCGACAAGGCGAUGCUGCGCGAGUCCAUCUUCCCUGACUGGGGAGAUGGCACCCCCCAGGACUCGGUCGAGAGCCCCGACGAAAUGCAGAGGAAAGAUCCCCUCGCAACGCAGAUCUGGAAAUUGUACUCGCGCACCAAGUCCCAGCUCCCCAACCAGGAGCGCAUGGAGAACCUGACCUGGCGCAUGAUGGCCAUGAGUCUGAGGCGCCAGGAGCGCGAGCGAGCGGAACAAGCCCUCCGUGCGGCUCAAAAGGAUAAGUCUGCUCCCAGCGGUAUUGCUCGGCUCCGUCAGUCCAUCGACCAGCGAGCCCCCGCCACCACAACUACCACCACCACAUCGUCCUCGGCCUCGCUGGCUCCAGUCUCGGCUGAUCUCAUGAACCUGGACGAUUUUAUCAUCCCUUCAUCAAUCGGUUCUCCUGCUGGCAUUGGGUCAUCGCCCGCCGCCCAGCUGGACCCUGCCGUCCCGUCCGCCAUUCCGAUCAAGGGUCGUAAGGAGCCUGACCUAUCGCACAAUAAUAUUGCGCCAGCGUCUCUCCCUUACCCUUUGCAAGAGCUUCAUCGCUCCGACGAGUUUGGCUACGUACAGCGCCGGGUCCGCAAAACAAGCGUUGACGAGCGCAAGGCUCCCCGCAAGCGCCCUGCCGAAUUUUCUCCCCAAGUAAUUCCAACUACGAAUCUAAUGAUUUCCAAUGACAAUGACUUGGACAAUGGCAUGAUGCCUGACUACAACCUGGAUCAUCCGCACUCCGCCUUCCCCACCAACCAUACCUCUCCCAAUGUGCCUUUCAACCUAGACACCUUCCACCUGCAUGAUGACCCCAUUCUCACUUCCGCUGGUCCCUUCCAGCAGAACUUCACAUUCUCUCCUACGGAGUCGCCCAUGGUCUCAUCAGGGCCCUUUGGUCAUAUCUACUCCCAAACCCCAAUCGGCUCUUCCCUCAACUCCAACGACUUCUACUCGCCGCCGGCUUCUGGGUAUCAGUCCACUGCCUCAACACCCCAGCCAACAUAUGAUGGAGAGCAUUCUGUGUACUUUGACCAGAACUCUAUGGAUGCCCGCACUCAACGUAGAGUGCCUGCUUAUGCAGCUCAGCGCACGUCGAAUUUGACAGCCUCGUUGCAACCUAGAUAUAUGUUCAAUGCUAACAAUGAAGCUGCUGCUUUCAAUGCUAUGAGCGGGCCACCCUCGAGCAUCCCAUCACCUGGCUUUGCUAUGGGUCAGCAGCAUGUUGAUCCGACUCGUGUCUUGAAUCAAAGCGACUUUGCUGCCCCCGCUCCUCACCGCAACAUGAACAUGACAAAUAGAGAGAACAUGUUCACCUUUGGCGCUGACUCGGACAAUGAAGAUGACGAUGGAGGUACCUUCCCUGAUCGCAACCUUGCUAUGCAGGCUGAUUUCCACGGCCUCGACGAUGUUUCUGGUGAUAUCAACUCGAAUCUGCAGUGGGAUGCCCAACUAUCCGGACAUUUCGGCUCUUUGCCAAACUUCUCUGGUAUCCAUAACGCGCGGAUGGGAGAUCCCAUGGAUCAAUCCCAUGACUGGGAGGGUGGUAGCCUCGGCCGUGUUCAUGGAUCUGCCAUUUCUGUUAGCGAUAUGCGUAGCCAACACGAUCCUAGAAGACCCAAGUUGGCCCGUGCAAUAUCGACGCCUAAUACCAACCACCUUGCUCAUCAGGGUAUGCAGUCCCAUACCUCGCCAAAUACCCCGCCUGAAUCCGGCCUCAGCAGUGCUGUUCCGUCUCGUCCAGCAAGCCCUGGUGGCACAAAAGCCGGCGACCAAGGUGGUGCCCCAACCACAUGCACGAAUUGCUUCACUCAGACAACUCCUCUUUGGCGCCGCAACCCAGAGGGACAGCCGCUUUGCAACGCUUGUGGACUUUUCCUUAAGCUUCAUGGUGUCGUCCGGCCUCUUUCUCUGAAAACCGACGUUAUCAAGAAGCGCAACCGAGGUGGUGGAAACACCUUGUCUAUUGGAGUAUCUUCUUCGCGAUCGAAGAAGAGCACGAGGAAGAACUCUGUUCAGCAAACACCCGUUGUGACUCCUCCAAGCUCAAGCAAGCCACAGAGUGUCAAUGCCUCCGAAUCCCCACCGUCAAUCUCUGGUUCUACUGGAUCUGUUUCCGGCAACACGGGUAGCGGCAUCUCUGUCUCAGGUAAAAGCGGAGUUGUCCCGAUUGCAGCUGCACCUCCGAAAUCUACACCCUCUGCUGGAGCUCAAGCACGAAACGUCGCAGUGGCACCGAAGCGUCAGCGACGGCUCGAUAGGGGCUCCAUUGGCUCUCUUGCCAGUAUUCAAGCCAGUCUGUCUCAGGAUAGUCCUGAAGGUGAAGAUAACAGCAAAACUGGUCCUUCUACAUCACGGUCCAAGGUUGUUCCGUUAGCACCCGCGAUGCCCCCGGCGGCCACGAAUCCUGCUCAUCACAGUCUUGCCGCGGGCUCUGGCCAGACUGCUAGUCAAGAGUGGGAGUGGUUGACGAUGAGUUUGUAACGGCCGAUCAAUCGCAUUCAAUAAUCAUCCUACGGUUCGGUACCUAAUGUGCUGUGCUUCGUUUUGUUUUCUGCGCUCUGUUAAUAGACAUGAUGUGGCGCGGACAGGAUGACUCGUUCUGAUCAUGAUCUCGUUUCUGAUUCGUUGGUUCGCUGAUUCGUUUCAUAUGUUGUGCUCAUUCGAGCUUUCGCUAUAAUCCGGUCCUACUAUGUCGAUGACAUCGAGUUUUAUGUCUAGUCGAUUUUCGCUCUUGGGUUUACAUUGACGCUUAUUUGGGGAGAGGGGUCUGGUACCU